CAGAACUGACCUUGCAUUAAAAUUCCGAGGUUACCAUCCGAACGGAAAACUUUCGGUUCUUUCGAUUUACAUUUCCUUAUCGCGGCGCUUAUCGCUAAAAAGAUUCCGCAUACCGCGGCGCAGAUAACGCUUACAUCAUCCAAUAGCGAUAUAACGCCUCAAAAUGAAUCUCUGCUCGUCAUAACGCCCUAAAACUCCUACAAAAUCAACCAUGUGUCAGAAAGUUAUCAGGCGACAAAAACAAAUGCUAUCAACAUCCGAGAGGCAAAACAAGAGCAAUGGAGUAGAAGAUCAAAAGCAAUGUUAGAAUAAGAAACACAGAAAAUGGAAGUGAAUCCAUUAAGUAUAAUAUUAGUAAAAUCGGAUAGCAAAGGAGCUCGUCUGCUCUUCAGAUAUCCAUACCAUAAACAAGAGACUGCAGAACCUGCAAGUACAAGAAGGAAAAAUCCAUACACAUUACCUGUUGUAGAGGAAUUACUGCUACAAAGUCCUCCACAACGAAUUUCGAAUAUUAGUAAAGGUUUGCUCACUGGAUUCACUGAUGAUGUACUGGCAGCACUCUUUGCUGUCAAGCCAGAACUUUGCAAGCGGAAGUUUGAGCUCAAAGUAAAUGAUGUUAGAUUUGUCAGCCAUCCAACAAAACUCCAGUUGCAGAAUAAGAAAUAUGAUGAGUCUGACUUGUUGAUUAAUAUUGUGUUUGCACUUCAUGCUGUUGCUUCACCAUCAGUUGUUAAUUGUUACCAUGAUUUAAGUAAACGCAUGGGUAUCCUUCUGGAACACGAAGAAAACCGAUGCGGUUAUAUCAGCAAAGAGUUGCAAAUCAUGAUGGCGACCCAUGACGAAUGCUGUGCGUUAAAUCAAGAAGCUGUCUUCGACGCCAUAUUGGGCCAGAGUACGCUGGCAAAGAAUAUCGAGCGCAUGUACGAUGAUUUGUGCGGCACAGGCCUGGUAAAUAUUAGAAUAAACAAUUGGAUACCGCUUAGUUACUGCUUACCUCAAAAAGUGCACCAAUGGCACUUGCGGGGCAAGUUAGUGGAACCGGAGGAUAUACACCGCUGUAUACAAGCACUCAAACCUUACCAUAGUAUACUUCUCCUGUGUCCGGUUAAUAUGAUCGUUGAUUUUAUUUCGCUUGAUGGAUCUCCGAGUUUGCAUCGAAUGCUGUCGCAGUAUUCGCCAGUCAAAAACCUGCAAACUCUUGCGGCUGAUACCGAUUUAGAACUUUCACAUAUUUUUGAUUUGACUUCGCAUUUAGUAUACUGGGCGAAAGCAACUGUGAUAUACCCGAUAUGCACCACGAACAAGUAUGUGAUAGCGCCCGAUGCGCCGCUAUCACUCAACUCGCCUCUCUUGGAUCGCUUCGGCGAAACCUUCCCGAAUUCAAACCUGAUACGCGUGAUCAGUGACUUCUCGCUGCCGACGUCGCUCGGCCAGAAGUGUAAUCCGAUGUACAGCACUACGCAGCAAUCGUUGUUGGUUCCGAUGAUUAUCUGGAUGCUUCAACAUCACUUGCUUCUUCAACUCCAUACGUACAUUCAAUAUUUGCCUACUGAUCAAACUAACACGUAAAGACUUUCAAGUCGGCGCAAAGUACACAACGCUCCGCGCAUGCCCAGAGUACGCACAGAAUCCGAAAGCGGACAAUCGACAAUAUCCGAUGGAUUCGGCGAUAGUAGCCGCUUCGAUUUACCGGACACAAAAAGGUACAAUACCCUUAAACACAACCGAAAAAUUAAAAUUAAAACAAAAUUUGUUAACAGUUUUGAAAAUAUGAGCUUCACUUCUGUGGAAGAUGAUAAACCCGAAUUCCGCGAAGAAUUAUUGCUUGAUUUCUCUGAUGAAGAGCGCAGCGCCAUCUUUAAAGUGUCAAACUCCAACAGCGAUGAAGACUUGAAAUUAUUCGCGCGGUUAUGCCGAAAGAAUUACUUUCAAGGCAAUCAUCACAUAGAAGAAAUCAUGUUCUUAGAGAACCUCAGUCGUAGUCAACUGUUACAACUACUGGACAAAUUUCGCGAUGUACUCAUUACAUACGAGACAGAGGAUCCCACAAUCGCCAUGUUUUCAACAUCUACAUGAUCAUCACAGGAAGUGGAUUUCAGGGUUAGUUUUACACCAUUUGUACAGCAAGAAUGUCGUUUAAAAACAAUACUUCGAGCAUUAAUAUUGAUGUAAGAGAUGAGUUCUCCAUGUAGAAAAACUUAUUCCAUGCUUACAAUCACAAAGAUUAAGAUUA